GGGGGCUCACGCUGGGAAAGUGGGAAACCUCAGCUUCUCCCCACUAGACUAUCUCCUGCUUAUCACUUCCAGGCCAUCCUUCUGUCCACCAAAAACCUUGACCAUGGCCUUCCCCUGCUCAGAGACCUUCCAUGGCUCCCCAUGGCCUUUUAUCCAAGCACCGUAGCCUGGAACUCUGGCCCUUUGUGACCAGUCCCAGCCACCUCUCCCUGCUUCCUCUGCAAAUCCCUGCACUAUACCCACACUGGACCAAACGUGAUGCUUUAUGCUUUCUUACUGCUGGGCCUUUGCACAUGAACUUUUUACCACCUGGCCUGCCCUUUCCUGGCAUCUCUUGACCUCUCUGCUUUCCCCCAUUGGUAAGUCCCACGUUCAUGAAAUCUUCAUGCACCCCUCAGUGGGAUGAGCUCAUCUUCCCAGGAACACCCAUACCCCAUAGCUCAGCUGAGCCCCAGCAGCAGCUGGUUGUCACUCUGGGGCAGGGAGCAUGUUUGAGAACCCUCAGCUACCCUAAGAAGCUAGCAGUUGGCCAUGUCUUUGCACAUGCUGCCCCUCGGCUUGGAAUGCUCUCCCUCUACCCUCUGGCUCUCCUGGCAAACUUCUCAGUCUGUAGAGCUCAUGUGGACAGUCCCCUCCUCUCUCUCAGGGACAGCCCUUCUCUUUUAGUGAAUAUUUAUUGAGCACCUAGCAUGAACUAGGCAUCUGAGCACUUCCUAUGUGGUUAGUACUUGGCUCUGGGGCCGCCUUAGUGGCUCUGUACUUGUGGGUCACGACUGGAGGGAGGAUCUGGAGGCGUGAUAGAGAGGUAGAGAAUGCAGGGGGCCGUGGGUGUGAAUAACAGAGCUGUCCGCUUCAUGCUGGGGAGAGAGUUAGAACGUGAUCUUUAGCUGAGACCUGAAGGAAGAACCAGGUGAGCUGUGGGGCCGUGUUAGGAUGUGGGGUCAUAACUAAACCAAACCCAAGCCCUGAUCUCAGAGAGUUCACAGCUAUGUGGUGGGCAGACUGGGUGGACGGACAGGGAACCAGGCAGUUCUAGAAAAGUGGGGUCAGUGCUGUGGUGGAGGAGGUCCAGGAAGCUAUGGAAGCUCAGAGAAGAGGCUGCAAAUAGCUGUGGAGGGGCCUGUGAGCAAGAACACUUCCCCAAGGGUGUGACACUGGAGCUGACUGGUGGUUGAUGGGAAUCUGGCAGGGCUCCAGCUGGAUGAUGGCCCCAGAUGAAAAGGCACAGCCUAUGCAAAGGCACGGUGGUAUGAAAGUGCAGCUUGUUUUGCGGGACCUGCAGGUAGUGUAGUGAGGCUGAAGGAAGGGAAGCUGUGGGUACGUAUGUGUGUGGGAUGUGUGUGGCCCACAGAACGUCACUGGUAAAGGCCUUUGGGUGCUGUGCUGGAGAUUUGGAACUAUACCUCAAAAGCGAUGGGGACCCAAGAGAGAUUUCAGGCAGGAGUGAGUGACCUGAGCAGGCUUUGGCUUAGUCCUCCCCGCUGAAGCCUGGUCUUCCCCAUAGGACAAGCAACCCCUUCCUGACUCUGUGCACCUGGCUGGAGUCUGGGGUGGGGCUGGAGGCUCACUGUGGGACUUUGAGCAAGCCCCUGGCCCUCUCUGAGCUCUUCUCUCCUCCCAGGUAAACCUGCAGGGCUUGAGGCCAGAAUCCUACUGGAGCUAUGGGCAGGGGUUGGGCUGUCUUGUUUGGCCUAGGCUUGCUGAACCUUUAGUCUUAUGAAAAAUAUGCCUUAAAAAAGGUCCCAUAACUAGCCUGCAGAGAAGUCAGAGAAUACGGAAAUAAGGUAAACCCAAACCUACCAUUUCUGCCCUUACCCCAAGCCUGAGGUACCAUCACUAUUAGCAUUCUGGUUUUUCCUUCCCUCUUCUCAGUACCUGUUUUUAUAUAGAUGUCAUUGCUCUGUCUACACAUACAAUUUAGAAAAUCUGCUCCCCCACCCUAUCUCCCUGACAAAUAUUGUAUCACGGGUAUUUUCUACAUGACUUUGGAGUGGUUCCAGCCCUUCUUUCUAACAGUGUUAGAGUGAAAAGCAUGGGCUUUGGAGCUUGACUUUCUGGGUUCAAAUUGUUCAUGCUUGGCUUUGGGCAACUUACCUAAUAUCUCCGUGCCUCAGUUCCUGGUAAGGUUGAUAUGGGUAUCAGAUGAGUCAUGACAAUGCCAGUAAACAUUGGCUAUUUGUAAUGAUUGCUGACUAUGUCACUGGGUAACGUGACUUACAGAGCCAUCCUCCUAUUUAAAAAUCUGGCUCUUUCCGUUUUUCGUUAUUGUAAAAAACAAAGCAAAACAAAACAAAACAAAAAACACUGAAGCAAACAGCUUUGUACUUAAAACUUUGUCUAUAUUUGGGUUAUUUUCUAGGGACAGAUGACCAAGAAUGGGAUCACUAGGCCAGGAAGUCUGAACUUUUUUUUUUUUUUUUUUAGCUCUUGACACAUUAUUGCCAGACUGUUUUCAGAAAUGAUUGUGGGGUGCCCAACUGGCUCAGUUGGUGGAGUGUGUGAUUCUUGAUCUCGGGGCUGUUGGUUCAAGCCCCAUGUUGGGUGGAGAGAUUACUUAAUAAUAAGUUCUCAAAAAAAAAAAAAAAAAAGGAAAGAAAUGUUUGUUCCAGUUUAUGUUCCUACCAGUAAUGCCUAGCGGUGCCAAUUUCAUCUUACCCUCACCAAUACUGGGUAUUAUCAUUUUCUUCUUUCUUUUUGCUAUUUUAAGAGGUGAAACUCAUUUAAUUUUCACUGCCAGGGAAGCAGAGCCACUUUCUGUGUUGAUUAGCUGUUAACAUCCUUUUUGGUCUGCUAGUCUUUAUGGAGCACACAUAGCCCCUUCUCAGCUCACUUAGGAAGAUAGGGCUUAGAUACAGGAAAUAGGGAAUAGGGUGACACCAGGAACAGUAAGGUGCCAGGGUAGGGAAGGGAACUUUCAUCUAUCCAGGUCUUGACCCUUUCAGUUCCCUCUACCUAGAGCAUUCAUUCAUUCAUUCAUUCAUUCAUUCAUAUAUUCAUUCAUUCAUUCAUUCAUUCAUUCAAACAUUUAGCAGAUACUGUGCAGGGCUUAAAAGAUAAAUUACUCAGCCAUGAUUCUGCCCUGAGAGAGAGCAUGCCUAAUACCAGAGAUAGUCACGAAAUCAGAAAAUAGGGGGAUACAUGUUCUGAUGAUGGAUGUGCAGGGUACAAAGGGAACAGAGGAGAGGUACCCAGCAUAGCCUAGGGGGGUGGAGGUGGAACAGUCCUGGAAAGCUUUCAGGAGGAAGUGGUCCAUAAGCCAGAGCUUGAGUAUAAUUUGGAGUUAGCCAGUAAAGUGAGGAGGAUGGAGGGUUCCAGAGAGAGGAAGCAGCCUGAAUGAAGGUUAGGAAAUAAGGGAAGUGAAGCCCUGGGGGAACUCUAUGGCUGGCUGGGCAGAGAGUAACGUCAGAACAAUCAGUGAGGCCAAAGAGGUCAGCAGGGCCGGAUAUGUAAGGCCCAAGGAAUCCAGACCUUGUCUGGAGGGAAAUAGGGAGCCAUGGGAGGUUCUAAGGAGGUGAAUACCGUGAUCUGCUCUUGUAUUUUAGAAAUAUCACAGCAACUACAGUAGGAGAAUGGAAUCGGGGCUGUGGGUAGAGGCAGGGAAAUCAAUGAGGGGACUCUUGCCAAAGGGGACCGGGACCAAGGCAGAGAAAGGUUGCUGGAGACCUUUCCCCACUCUAUAGAAUCCUAAAAACAGCUCCAAAGUGCAUAUUGAAUGUUACCUGUGCCAGGUAGCCCUUGUUGACAGCCACCACCGCCCCACUGGGUCCUACGUGCCUGGAGUACGCAGACUGUACAGGGCCUGGUGUGCACUGCUGAGUGGAGCGCCCACCAUCAGCUGACCCUAACCUUUCCCUGUGCCUCCCGGACCCUCUGUCUGUUCCCUCUCCACCCUUGGGCUACCAACAAUUUUCUGUCUUUUCUUGGAGAAUAAAUUUAUUGUUUUCAUUAUAAAAGCAACUGAAUGCGGUUACAGAGAAUCUGGAAAUCAGAGAAACAAAGACAAAAACUAGAUCGGCUCCAGCCACCUCUCCCAGCCCUCCCUCUGGGUGUGGCUCCCUGCAGCUUGCUUUUUCUGACGCAGGUUUUUAUUUUUGCCUCCUUGUAAUCAUAGUGUCCGGACGGUUUUGGUCCUGCUCUCUCCCAUUUGCUUUGUUGAGAGCUUGUUCCUCUGUGGCCACGGAGUCUGGACAAAUCUCAGUUUUUAAUGCCUGUGGGAUGGUCUGGGGAUGCGGGUGGGACAGAGUUGCUUAACCGCACCCUGCUGUCCUGCAGUGGCCAAGGCUUGUCACAUGCCACCUUGGGCUGCCUGUCCUCUUUGUGUGUUUGUCUAUACCCGGACUGCUGCAGGUGGCAGGGCCUGCCCCCUGGCAUGCCCUUUCCUUGGUGCUUCCUCUCCCAGUGCCCCUUUGUAGAGCUUACAAGGCUGGCCUCAGCGACCAUCUUCCUGGGAAAGGAUCAUGGAUAGAUCUGGGUUCAAAUCUAGACUUGGCUCUGUGACCUCAGGCACGUUACAUAACCUCUCUGGACCUCAGUCUCCUCAUCUGUAUCACGGAUCUAUUGCAACAGUAAAAUAAUGACUGUAAAAAAUGCCCUGACACAGUUCCUGGCCCACUGUAAGUGCUCAAGAAUAAGUAAUCAAUAUUAUUCUAUUUUUUCGUCCCACAAAGAGUUUCUGAGAUCACGGUGGGCUAGGUGCUGGAAUGGCAAAGGUGAAUGGGCAUUGGCUAUACCUGUGAGGAGCUCACAGUCUGGCGGGAAAGUCACCCAGGGAAACAGCACAUCAGGGUGGGGCUGGACCAGGUCUGGGUGGUGUCCUAACUCCGUUACUUGCUAGCUGUGUGACUUUGGGCAAGUUGGUCAACCUCUCUGAGCUGCAGUUUCCUUUUCUGUUAAAUGCACAUCUCCCAGGGUCAUUGGGAAGACUCUGUGACAUGAUGUGUAUGACAUACUCAGCACAGUGCCUGGCAUGUAGUAGGUGUUGAAAUAAAUGGUAGCUGCCAUUUUAUUAUUAUUGUUAUUGUUAUUCCCAUAUACAAGGUGCUGUUGGGAACACAGAGGAAGUGACUGGCUGGGGGUUCAGGGAAAGCUCCGUAGAAGAGGGAACACUUGAGCUGGGUCUUGAAGGAUGAGUAGAAGUUCACCAAGUGGGAAAGGACACUCUAGGUCCCUGGCUCUGGGCUGUCAUCCCUUACUUGGGGGACAGGAGCAAGUGAUUUGCCCAAGAUCACACAGCUGGAUGGCCGAGCCUCGAUUUAACAACCCCUACUUCUGGCCCCCUCCUCCCACCAUGCCCAGCCAGCUGGACAACCUGGUUCUGAUUAACAAGAUCAAGGAGCAGCUGAUGGCGGAGAAGAUCCGGCCGCCGCACCUGCCGCCCACGUCGGCCUCGUCGCAGCAGCCGCUGCUGGUGCCGCCGGCGCCGGCCGAGAGCAGCCAGGCGGUCAUGUCGCUGCCCAAGCUGCAGCAGGUGCCGGGGCUGCACCCGCAGGCAGUGCCGCAGCCCGACGUGGCGCUGCACGCGCGGCCCGCCACCAGCACCGUCACAGGUCUGGGGCUCUCCUCCCGGACCCCGGCUGUGAGCACGUCCGAGUCGAGUGCAGGCACGGGUACCAGCACCCCGUCCACACCCACCACCACCAGCCAGAGCCGCCUCAUCGCCUCGUCCCCCACCCUCAUCUCAGGGAUCACCAGCCCCCCCCUCCUGGACUCCAUCAAGACAAUCCAGGGCCACGGCCUGCUUGGCCCCCCCAAGUCCGAGCGCGGCCGCAAAAAGAUCAAGGCGGAGAACCCAGGGGGGCCGCCUGUCCUCGUAGUCCCUUACCCCAUCCUGGCCUCGGGCGAGACUGCCAAGGAGGGCAAGACAUACAGGUGUAAGGUGUGCCCACUGACCUUUUUCACCAAGUCUGAGAUGCAGAUCCACUCCAAGUCACACACCGAGGCCAAGCCCCACAAGUGCCCGCACUGCUCCAAGUCCUUUGCCAACGCCUCCUACCUGGCCCAGCACCUGCGCAUCCACCUGGGCGUCAAGCCCUACCACUGCUCCUACUGUGAUAAGUCCUUCCGACAGCUCUCCCACCUCCAGCAGCACACCAGAAUCCACACAGGCGACAGACCCUACAAGUGCCCACAUCCUGGCUGCGAAAAGGCUUUCACUCAGCUCUCCAACCUCCAGUCUCACCAGCGCCAGCACAACAAGGACAAGCCCUACAAGUGUCCCAACUGCUACCGGGCCUACUCGGAUUCCGCCUCCCUGCAGAUCCACCUCUCGGCCCACGCCAUCAAGCACGCCAAGGCCUACUGCUGCAGCAUGUGUGGGCGGGCCUACACCUCGGAGACCUACCUGAUGAAGCACAUGUCCAAACAUACAGUGGUGGAGCACCUGGUGAGCCACCACUCGCCCCAGAGGACGGAGUCCCCCGGCAUCCCGGUGCGAAUUUCCCUCAUCUGAGCCGACCCAAGGCGCCGCCCCACCCUGCCCACUGGCAGACACAGACCCAGGCAGCACCAGGCCCCAACUUCCUCCAGGGGCCCUCCAGGAACAGCCGAGCUCUCUCAUGACCUUCCUGACCUUCCAGAAAGCCUGGGCUGCAGAAGCCCUGUCCGGUCCAGCUCCGGGGGCGGCCAGGCCAACUGCAAGAUUCUGGACUGUUUUGGUGGCAUCCAAAGACGAUCUCAGAGCACUUUGAACCUCUCUGUUGGGUUUCUUUUUGUUCCCCACCCUCCACUUGCUUCACUGUUUUUUUUUUUUUAAGUUUGUUUUGGAAAUAACAGAAAAGAUAUUUAUUGGCCAAGAAGUUGGUGCUGCUAAGACCGAGAAAUUAAAAGAAUCGGACAGAUGGACACAGAGAACAGAGGGCAGCGUGGGACCUUCUCUUGCCACAGCCUCAGGUCUUGAGGGAAGGCUCAGGCCUGGGUUUCUGGACUGCAAAGGGGACCCCCAGGUGGGAGGGGACAGAAGGCAGCUGGAGUGAGCCACUCACCCCUAGGUGUCCAGCUCACACCUCUCGAGCUACGCCCUGGGCAUUACUGAGCAGAGGGAUGCGGCAGCUACCAGGGCUGUCGAGGCUUCAGGAGGCAAAAUGGGAGAGGGGCUGAGAGAUCCGCAGGACCAAAGGGUGCAGCGUUGGGCUGGGCUGGGCGCAGGCCCAGGGAAAUGGGGUGAGGGUGGGCUGGGUAAGACCUGGCCCUCCACUGCCCUGAAGACCACCCCAGUCUACCUCGGUGCUGGCCAGGAAACCUAUUGGCUACCUCUCCCACCAUCCCAGACUGUGGGCAGCGGGGGUGGGGAGGGAGUGGGCCUGGGCUUAGGACCCCUCCCCUCCAGAAUUUCCUCCAGAUGGGGCAGUGCCCAGGGAGGGGUUUUGUCUUCCCUGUCAUGGAGGGGGAACCCCCAGUCCAGGCCCUAGGCCCCUCAGCAGGGAAGGGAUCCUCGGGGAGAGGUCCCAGGAGCAGACCCUGCCCUCAGCCCCCCACAGACACACCCCAAUCUGAAAGCCAUGCGUGUCCGUGUAUAUAGGAACUAUGUACAGAGCCCGGAGAAGCCCCCCUUCAUCCCCCGGGAAAAAAAAAAAAAAAGAAAACUAGACAGAAACUCAUCUAUAUAUUCUGUAUCUGGAGUUCCGUUUUGAAUAUUAACUGUGUUAUUUUUAUACACUUUUUAAGCCUUAACUCGCCAUUGAUUUACCAGUUUAACGUUUCCUGGGGUAUUUUUUUCCCAUGGGGUUCUCUGCCCCUACCCCCGCCCCUUUGUUUGACUUGCGUCGUCUGAUAACUCAGUAUUGUAGCUUUUUGUCCGCAUGUUACUACCCUGUAAAUACGCUGUUCUACAUACUGUUAACACCCCAUUUGCUUUUUUCUAUGGGACCUCCAGGCCACCAUAUUUAGAACUAGUUACCUUAUUAAAAAAGAGAAAACAGUCUGUUGGCUUCUCAGUCUGCAUCUUGGUGGCAGGGAGGUGAGGGCAGGUGCCCCUCAAUGCUUCAGGAAACAAGUUUGCAUUAGAUUAAGAAAAGGGGUGGGGAGCAACAUAAACUCGAAUGUGGGGGAAGACACUAAAUGGGGCAAGAAACAAAGGAAUUCCAAACCCUCUGCUCUUUGUAUUUCUCUGUUGUGAAGAAUAAACUGUACCCGCACCUGGG